GUCAGGUUUUGAAAGAGGACUGAGGGGUCGGACUACGAAAGGAACACUUCACAUCUUCUCUCCAGUUCUCCUCUCACACGGCUGAUUAAAAGUCUGAUUUUCUCCCUCGUUCACGAUGCAGUGGUUUGGAGCUCUGAUCCUCUUUAUGACUCUGUCUGCAGCGUUCGGACUGAGAUGCCACGUAUGUAUAGGCAAAUCCUGCACCCGCCCAACAGAUUGUCCUCCCAACUUCGACCGUUGUGCCACCGCUGAAGUGAACGGUGAAGUUGUCAAGAGCUGCAUGCUCAAAAAUAAUUGUGUUGGUCCCAUUAAGUGCUGUGAGGGGGACCUGUGUAACAGCGACCAGACUGGUGAAGACGGCACCAAACCCCCUGGUCCCACCUCCAAACCCCCUGCUCCCACCUCCAAAGCCCCUGUUCUCACCCCCAACCCCCCUGGUACAACCCCCAAACCCCCUGGUCCAACCCCCAAACCCCCUGGUCCCACCUCCAAACCCACUGGUUCCAGCAACAUACCCACUGGUUCCAGUGUCCUCCUUUUACUGGCAUCCUCAGGCAUCAUCACACUCCUUCUCUGAGGCUCUGGAGCAGCUACAGCUGAAGAAUAUUUGUCUUCUGUCUUACCCAGUGUGUAACUCUGGAAAAAUAAACACAUUUUCAAAAUGUAAAAUCUGCAGAUCAGUGUUUGUUCAAUAAAAACACAAUAUGAUUGAC